AUGGGUUCCAGAUACGAAGAUCCUGCGCGACAAACCUGCUGGACCCGAGCUCUCGACGACAGGCAUGCGGCACACAUAGCCUUCAUCGACUUCCAGAAGGCGUUCGACACUGUGCCACACCAGAGGCCCUUACAUAAACUUAGAAAAAUAGGGAUCGGUGGUAACUUCCUUAAAUGGAUCGAAAACUUCCUUUUCAGUCGACAGGAGGUUGUGUGCACCGGUCAAGGAAUAUCGAAUCCUUCUGUGGCUUUGAUUGGUGUUCCUUCGGAGUCAGUACUAGGAACCAUAUUGUUUCUUAUAUGUGGACGUUUGUGCGAGUGCUUUGGACUGCAAAGCAGGAAUGUUUGCCGACAGCAGGAAGAUAUGGCGUGUAAUUCGGGAUCCUGCCGACCAAGACAGACUGCAGGCGAACCUAAAUCGGUUGGAAGAGUGGUCAAACCGUUGACAAGUGUAGCAUAAUUCGCCUAGGCUAAACAGCUCGAUCCACCAGCACAAGAGACUUCUUUCUGGGCGGUGCAGCAUUACGAGACGUCGAAGUCCAAAAGGAGCUCGGUGUUCUGACAACGAACUCAAUAAACCAUCUUCUCAUUGUUCGAGAGUGUAAAAAAGCGCAAUUUUCGCACUAUACGCCAUCAAGCGUGCAUUUAUGGAUUUUGACGAAGACGCUUUCUCAAGAACAUUCGUGCGGGCGCACUUGGAAUACGAAAUACAUGCCUGGAGACCGUGGGCUGUUCAAGAUCAAAAUUGCUUCCGAAUGGUUCAGAGGAGCGCGAAAGAUGGUCAGAGGUCAAAACUCACGUCCACAUGCUACCCGCUUAAAUAAUCUAAACUACAUCCCCUUGCUUACAUUCCGCAUAGUAAAGGGAGUAGACUGCAGACUGAACUUUGAGAACAUUUUUAAUUCGCUACUACGACCAGUCUCCGAGUUCCCCCGUUUAAAUUGCGCACUCAGCUGGCAAGUCUGGACGUGCGGAUGUUCUCCUUCUCUGCACGAGUCUCAAAACGAUGGAAUGCCCUCCCUGCAGAUAUUGAAAUGUCACCAUCCAUACAACAUUUUUAAAAUAACCUUGUAUAUAUUUAUGUUCUGCAAUGAGCAAACAGAUGAGAGAUCGAGCUCACCCCCUGAGGCUCAAUCCCAUUUUGUUAAAUCAUUAUGGGCUCGUUUGAAUUAUUUCAGUCCAGAUAAUUUCCUUGUAUACUUCAUCCAUUUUUACGUUGUAAAGAGGGUACUCAACAUCUUACACCCAUUUCCCUCAAUAAACCCAACUGAACGGAAUUGAGCCUUGAAAGAGUCCCGACGACUAACUCAAACUACCGCCCAACAAACCUUGCCGGCGCACUCUGAAAAAGCAUCACAGAAAUUAUCCGGGACAUGCUUUAAUGUUAUCCUUAGAAUCCAAUACGCACGAACUGAUGUACGCAUUUUAUGUUAUUGCUAAGGAGGAGGAGGAGGAGCAGGAGGAGGAGGAGCAGGAGGAGGAGGAGGAAAAGGAGGAUGAGCUCCAUGAGUAA